AUGGAAAAUUACCACAUUUUGGAACGUAUUGGAGAAGGUUCGUUUGGAAAAGUAUAUCGAGGACGUCGCAAGUACUCGGGGCAUAUCGUUGCGCUUAAAUUCGUAACAAAACAGGGCAAAAGUGUUCGAGAUUUGAAAAAUUUACGUCAAGAAAUUACUAUUCUUCGACAAUUGAAUCAUUGCAAUAUUAUUGCAAUGAUGGACUCGUUUGAAACGGACAAAGAAUUUUGUAUCGUGACGGAAUACGCUCAAGGAGAAUUAUUCCAAGUGUUAGAAGAUGAACAGAGUUUACCGGAACAAGAAAUUCGAAAAAUUGCAAUUCAAUUGAUUCAAGCAUUGCACGUAUUGCAUUCGAAUCGUAUCAUUCAUCGAGAUAUGAAACCUCAAAAUAUCCUCAUUGGCUCGAGACAGCAGAUCAAGUUGUGUGACUUUGGUUUUGCUCGUGCUAUUGGACAUGAUACGAGUUUAUUAAAGUCUAUCAAGGGCACACCAUUAUAUAUGGCUCCGGAAUUAGUCCAAGAGAAGACAUACAAUUACACGGUGGAUUUGUGGUCGCUAGGUGUCAUUUUGUACGAACUUGCAGUGGGAAAACCUCCAUUCUACACCGAUAGGAUUGUAUCGCUGAUCCAGAUGAUCGUACGCGACGAUGUCAAGUAUCCGUCGACAAUGUCAGCAGAUUUCCAGAGCUUUUUAAAAGGACUUUUGAACAAGGACCCUGCUUACCGACUAAAGUGGCCAGAGAUUUUUGAGCAUCCGUUCGUCCAAGAAACACCGGAGCAAUUGAAGACACGACUUCAACUUGAGCGCCAAGUACGCACUUUGCCACGCUUCUUCAAGGAGAAUGAGGUGCAUGAUCGGUUGGGAAAAGAGGCGGACGGAGGAAAAGUCAAGCCAAGCAUCGAACGUCUGCGAUCAUGUGAUGAAUGGAAAAUAUGCGACCCAAAAACGGGGAGACAGUUGUGUAAACCCGAGCUGCCUGAUCAAGAUUAUACCAAGAUGAGUGGUCACGUUUUAUCGGCCAACAGAAAUAACGGUCCUUCUCUAAGUUUUAAGACUGUAAAGUCGACAAACGUAAUAGCUCUCGAGAGCUUUCUGGGUGUGUGGGACCGGAUCCGUGGUGAAAUGGAUGUGAAGCCCGUGGAUGCAGGCCUCAUGACGACACCAUUGUUCACCAAUGCUGUCAGUCUGCUACCUUCGAUCCCUAUUCAGGAGCUUUCCAGCGAUACUAUGGCGAAGAUCGGAUCACUAUUAUAUCUUUUGUACCGCUCUUUGGUGCUUGUGCUAAAGAAUAUUGACGGCAUGGUCGGUUUUGGUAGUCUGCUUCAAACUAUCGACAGCCUGCAUCAUUUUCUGAAUCACCUGGUAGAGUCCAGUGAAGCGAUACAUGCCGAUAAGGAGCAAGCGAGUGAAGUGAUCUACAAGAGUGUGCGCUGCUGCAUGAUAUGCACAACUAUCGCCAACGCAGCCGACAAUAUUCUGGAGGAGCACCGAGACUAUCGUGAAUUUUGCAACGGUGAUAUUGCAGUCAUCUUACUGAUGUUAAGCAAGAAGAAUGAUGUCGUCGCCACUUCUCACUCAAAAGCACUCAAGUGGCUAGGAUCGAUGAUUGAUCGAUCACAAAAUCUGACGGUACUGCUGGAGGUUGUCUACGCGUCAGGAGCAAUUCAAACCCUGUGUGAGAUCCUGCAUGCAUCAGGAACUUCACGUUCUCCUGGGGGUAGAAUCUCGAAAGACAGUCGGGUUCUUGGUCUGUUUGCGAUUUUUGCACUCGCAGCUUUCGUUCAACCCGACGCAAAAUGUUGGAGCCCCUUGCAGCCUUUUCCUGUAAUGAGUUUGAUUAGCGAUGAUGCUGUGCCACUGACGAGCUCUAGUUUGCGAGAUGUAAAACAUCUCUGCAAACUUCGCGUUAAAAUUCACUCAGAAGUUGGCUCCCAGGUUCUCAACAGUGGCGCGGCAAGCGAGCUAAUUUCUUUGCUUGGAGAUGAAAUCACCGAGCGUGUGCAACAGAAGCGGAGUUUUGGCGGCGAUAUGGACAGAGAAGACGCUGAUCAGUCCACUAUCUGUUGCAUCCUGAAGAUCCUCGUGCACGCAUGUCGAGCCUCUUCCCCUCUAUCCGAAAAGCUGACGGUAACGAAUGUAGUUUUCCAGAAACACUGCGACACAGAUAUUGUAACAAUUUUGCUAUGGGGAAUGACUUCAGUAGGCCUGCACCAGAUCGAGCAAUACUUUGUGACGGAGCUAUUGUCAGCCGUCUUGCGGCGUGGAAUUCUUUCAAAACCACAGAUUUGGCGCUGUGCUCGAAUCUUGUUUCCACUGUUUCUAAACGCGAGUGAUACUGCAUUGUUGAGCGCGUUAAGCACUUUUUUCGCUGAGGUGAUUGAAACGGGCAAUAUUGACAAGUCCGCACUUGGCAGUGAUGGAAUUCCUGGCGAAUUGGAAUCCCAGUACAUGGAGCUAUGGAAUCUCGUCGUUCAUGGUGCUCUUACACAGCGCUGCUCCGAUGCGAUAUUUCGUUUACUCAGCACUAGCGCAACAGAUGAAGUUGAAAGAAAAGGUAAGGCCCAGAUGCUCACCAGCUACAAUUUGCGAGCACAGGGGUUGCUAGACUCAGGCAUUGUUUUUCUGCUACGAGUUGCGUCGAGAGCUUCAUCGCAAGCGCUUCCCAAACGCCACAAUGAACAAGAAGAAGGCGCUACGAGGUCCGUGGAGAUAAACAUGUUCUUGAAUAUUUUUAAGCACGAUCAUGUUUGGGACAUUUUCGAUGGUAUGAUGGCAAGUGGCGGAGGAGAUCUAUUAUCACCUUGGGGGUUGUUUUGUUUUCUUAAACUAUUGCGAAUUGUGCAAGAGAUACAAAGCAACGCAGCGCAGACUGAGUUCGCAGUCAAUGACCAUCUCUUACUGCAUUUGGUGAAACUGCUUGAGCUCAAGCAUAUUGAACAUCUUCUCUACUGGCCAGAGGUAGUCGGAGGUGGAAGUAAUGCUGUGAAAGCACUUGUGCACGCUACAGUAAAAGUUCUUGGCAUUCCGUUUGUCCACAACGUGUCGGAAGAGCUGCUCGUUCAUAUUCAAGAAAUUUUGUACGACACGAAAUGCGUACCGAAACUUCUUAAUGUCCUUCGCUUUGUCUUUUCGACCAAACAGCUUCAGUUGGAGGCGUCCGUGCUGGAAUUACCGAUAAGUUUUCUGUCGCGUUUGAUGAUGAGCUCCACACACUUUGGCUCGCAGUUUGUGGAAGCUGAUGGCAUGCUGGUCAUUGUAGAGUGUGGAAUGUUGCGCAGUAGCUGCUCACCUUCACUUAUCAUCGACUUGUUGUUGAUUGUGAGUCAAGUAGCCAGUAGUUCCGAGAUCCACUGCAAGUGUAUUCUGACGGCAAAUCUUCUCCCACAAAUCUACGAGCUACUACAGCACCCGGAGGCAAUGGUCAGGGCAAAAACAUUGAAGUGCAUUGGGAACUUAUGCCGUCACUCAGCACUCUUCUACCAUCACUUUCUCACACCACUUGAUGAAAAUUCAGCGAAGAAUACUGUUCUGAAUGGGAUGAUACGUGGCUUGUCGGACCCCGAUAAUUACGUUCGUCGAUUCGCAUGUUCAGCCAUUGGCAAUGCAGCUUUUCAUAAUGGUGACUUAUAUGAUGCACUUCGUCCUGCCAUUCCUGUUUUGGUUCAAAAUCUCUACGAUGAUGAUGAUAAGACACGAUCAAAUGCUGGAAGAGCUUUGGGCAAUUUCGUUCGUAACUCUGAUGAGCUUUGCAAAGACCUUUGCAGUAGUCGAACACCUUGGGAGCUUUUUAGACUGGCAAUGAUGGAAACCAGCAUAGCUACACGUCGGAUUGUGCUCUUUUCUUUGGGUAACUUUUGCGCUUAUUCCGAGUGCUUUAACAUGCUCGUUAGAGCAGAAGUGAACUUUGUUAAAGAGCUGGAAUACUUGUAUGACGAUCUAGUAGCCGAUGAGGUAUCGAGACAAAACAUCCAUCGCAUUUUCUCAAAGAUUGAGGCACUCGAUACCGAAGAAAUGAACUAA